CGCACAGUUUUCAGCUAACAUUCGCGCGGAGAACAUGAACUGAACCGGGGUUAUUGGUGGCAACCACGAGCAACGAGCUUCAAAUAUUUUCCGUUUGUCAACAAACCGCGCGAGUUGCCAAGUGCACGAGAAAGCACUUGCGAUAAAAAUAAACACUUGUGCGCCGAAACCUUUGUAAAAAUAAAUACAAAUAUUUGGUUGGUGUUCUGUUUGAGAUUGAAUAAUCAAAAAUGGCUUGUUCCACCGGUGUGCUGAAAGUUUUUGCCCUCUUUUGGGACAUUGUCUAUGCUAUUUUCGGCCUGAUUGUCAUCGGCCUUGGCGUGCAUGUUGUCUAUAAAUUUGAGCAUUUCAACACCGCCGCUUUUGUCAUCAUUGGCCUGGGCGUUGUGGUGGUGCUGGCGGCGCUCUUUGGCUCGCUGGGUGCAGCGCGCGAGAGCAGCAAUAUAUCCAAGACGUUCGUGUUCCUUUUGGUAGUCCUGAUUGUGCUCGAGGUGCUGGUCGUGGGCUUCCUGUGGAUCUUCCAAACUUCGCUGCUCAUCAACGUGGACAAAACCUUCGAUCAGCUGUGGAACGAUCAGCCAGUGCCCAUUAAGCCGGGCAAUCAGAGCCAAAUUGCCAGCCUGGAACGCUGGCUGGACUGCUGCGGCAAUGUGGGACCCAAGGAUUAUAUGCUGCCACCAAAUAGCUGCUACAACAGUGAGUCCGACAAACUCAAUCUGGAGGGUUGUCGGCAAAAGUUUUUGGACUUUAUAGCCUCACGUUGGACAACAUUUAAUUUUGUUUCGCUGGUGCUGGUUGCAGUGGAGAUCAUUUGCGCCCUUUUGGCCUAUGUGCUGGCCAACAGCAUUGUGAAUCGCUGGCGUCGCUCGAAAUACUAUCAAAAAUAAGUGCCAAAACAUUUUUUCAGUGCGAUGUGCAAUGCAUUUCUAGUAGAAAAGAAACCAACACUUAAGGCCAAAGAACUCGCAGUGGAAAUUCCACAAGCAGAUGUGGCAUCUUUGGGUGCGAGAACUAACCAUUUAGUUUGUAAUUUGUAAUCUAAUCUAAGCUCGAUCUAAGCCGCAAUCUUUUGUAACAAACGUUUCGAUAAAGCCAAAGCCAAAAUAAAGCGAAAUUCUUUUGUA